UUGGAGGUGCUAACGAAUUGCCUUUUUUGUUUUUCCAAAAAAAUUAACUUUUUUUCUCCAUUUUCUACAUAAAUUUCAUAAAAAGUUUAUUUAAGAAUAUAUAUUCUUCAAUGUACGUUGCAAACUAAGACAUGUCGGGCCUAGAACCGCUUGGUAUCCCUGGCGGAGACCAUCUUCGUGAAGCUCUCACAAACUGCUCAGAUCCACUAGCUGCUAUUGAAGAAUUUCAACAAGAAAACGGUGUUCUUUUGCCCUCUCUUAAACCUGCUUUACCUUUUUUGGACCUACACGGUGUUAAAAGAUAUGAAUUUCACCAAUCUGUCCUGGAGGAAGUACGAGAAAAGUUGAUACAGAAAAUAAAUGAUGUUGCAAAUGGUGAAGAUAAAGAACGAUUUCAAAAGAUCGAGACAAUGUUAGAAAAAAGUUUUUGUGUAAUUAAAGUUGCAUCUUUAAGACCUGUUAUUAUGAACAUGUUGAAAAAUUUACCAAAAAUCAAAGAUGUAUACUUGAAAGAGAUCCUUGAUGACAAGGAACUCUAUUCACAGGCAGCGACAGAAGUGAAAAGGCAGAUAUGGGAAGAGAAUCAGGCACUGUUUGGAGACGAGGUUUCACCACUGUUGUCGCAGUACAUAAGAGAGAAGGAAAACACUUUGUUCAGUCAUGAGAAUUCAUCUUCAACGUUCUUUUUAAUGUCUCCAAAAGCGAGACGACAGGGAGAAGUAGUUCAAAAACUCACACACAUGGUUGGAAAAAGUGUUAGACUAUAUGAUAUGGUGCUACAAUUUCUCCGAACUUUGUUUCUAAGAACAAGGAACAUGCAUUACUGUACACUUAGAGCUGAGUUGUUAAUGUCUUUACAUGACCAAGAAGUAAAUGACAUAUGUGCAGUUGAUCCAUGUCACAAGUUUACAUGGUGUGUAGAUGCUUGCAUUAGGGAGAAGUUUGUGGAUUCCAAACGUGCUAGAGAGUUGCAAGGUUUCUUAGAUGGUAUUAAACGAGGACAGGAAUUUGUACUUGGAGAUCUGUCAAUGAUUCUUUGUGAUCCUUAUGCCCUAAACACAGUGGCACUCUCCAUCAUGAAGGCACUUCAACACUGCAUUAACAAUGAUGUUUUACCAAGGGAAAGUUCAGACAUGUUUCUGUUGUUACGAAUGUUGGGGCUUGGACUUGGUGCUUGGGAUAUGAUUGACAGUCAAGUGUUUAAGGAACCAAAACUGGAACCAGUUCUGGUCACAAAGUUUCUGCCCACCCUAGCUGGAACUGUGGUAGACGAUCAGACACGACCUGUACUAUCACGACUCCCUGAUGAACCACACCCAGUGCCACGCCCACCAUCACAGCUGUUCAUGAUCUUCAUCAAAGAAAGUGAAGUAGCAGCAAUGACAGCUCUGUAUUACACCUUACAGGCAUGCAGAAAUCGUGACAAGUUUGCCAUUUGUCAGAUUUUACCAAACCUGACAAUUUGUCAGAGUGAGCGACACUAUGAUGAUACAUUUCUACAUUCUCUUGUAUCCUACCUGAUCUCAAUGUCAGAGGAAUUUACUCACGAGGACUUCUGCGAAGUGGUUUUCGGCCAUUUCUUUAAGUCUGGUUUGUCUAAACAGAAUGUGUUGCGUCACAUGUUGAGACUUGUAUAUUACAUCCAUCCGAGGGUUCCACAAGAUAAACUUGCUGCCAUCAUGGAAAUGAUAAAACCUAAUCAAGGGCACAGCGAUAUGAUCCAUACCACAUACAACACUCUUGUAGAGAAGAUUGAGUCAUACCAACCAAGUCCCACAACUCCAGCUGAACGUUUAGAUUCUCCAUUGAUGAGCGUUCCUGCCCCAACACCAGCUAUGAUGUGAGGAUGUAUCUGCCCCAAACACUAGUUAUGAUGUGAGGAUAUACUUGCUCCAACACCAAUUAUAAUAUGAGGGUGUACCUGCCUUAACACCAGCUAUUUAUGUUGGGGUGCACUUGCCUUAAUGUCAGAAUGUACCUGCCUUAACAUCAGCCGUCUAUGUGAUAUCAGUGAAUCUCAGUUUACUAUCACAAACAAUCUUCAUACAACAUUUUGAUCAGCAAACUAGCCCAGACUGUGUUACCUAGGAAAAAAAACAAAAUGUAUGGGAAAAAAGUAUUGAAUUUGUUAUGCAUUAGGUUUCAUGGUCAGUCUGCAUUAAGUGAUUUUCAUGGCUUGGUAGUAGAGUUGUCAGUUUAUAUGAAAUACAUGUAUAAUCAAAUGGGACCAUUCCAGGAGUUUAUUUCUUUAGAAACUUAACCCUGCUAAAUUUUUGUAAUGAACUUGUUCAUCUUUAAAUUUGGACAGUGCCAUAAACGGAUAAAAGGUGUGCUUACCAAAAAGAUACUGACUGAAUGGCAAACAGUGCAGAUCUUGAUCAGACUGCAUGGUCUAUCAUGACUAUGAUCUACACUGGUCGCAAAGGCAGAAUCAAUCGUGUCUGGCAUGAAAAGGGUUAAAAGACCUUUCCAAAGUGCACAUGUUUAUAUACUUACUAAUAUAUUGUGCAGUCACUCAAGGGACACGCUUUUAUGUCCUAAUUUUUCAUCGCCCUAUGGACAUACUUCUAGUUCUAUGAAUUAAUCAAAGUUGGCAAAUGCUGUAGGGGGAUGUUGUUGAAAUGGUGAAUAUAUUAAUAUUAUUUUGAAGACAAGGAAAAUGUAACUAAGACAUAUGAGUAGAGCAGUUGUUUACAAUCAAAAUAUGUUAUUCCAGCAUUUUUUAAAUAAAUACUGCUUUAUA